AUGCUUAACCACACAAAGAGGAAUCUUAUCACUAUUGUGUGUUUUACUUUUCCUUGCAGUUGUUCAGUGAGUUGCUUUAAGAGACACAAAGAUGCUGAUUCAUGUCACCCAGUCAAAGAAACAGCAGCACCUGUCAGCACCCCAACAACACCUGUGAGCAGUGCCGAACUGCCGUGGACUGUUGAUGAUCUUCUUGACGAAGACAGUCAGAGUGACAAAGUGCCCUUACAGAAGCUUCAGCGGCUAGGUGAGUCCGAGGCGCUGAAGGCUCUGCUGUGGAAUCCACAUCUCCGACAGGUGAUGAUGUCAGUGGACUCGGCUGAAGAUAAAGCCAAAGCCGUGAGGAAUGCCAUGCAGGAGCCACUGUUUGUGGAGUUCGCUGAUCAAUGCUUAAGAACGAUUGAACCAGCACAAACGGAAGAAAAGGAUGAUGAUGAUGAUGAUGAUGAAUGAGCUCAUCGUCACAUAUGGAGCGAUUCAUUUCUGUUUUUGGUCAUAAAUGCACAUUUUACACACGUAAAUAAAUAUUUCAUAACGCUUGAGGCAUUUAUGGAGGUGUGGUCUCCUGAGGGAUAUGAAAAUUUAAAGGGACAGUUCACCCAAAAAUAAACAUUCUCUCAUUAUUUCCUCACCCUCAUGUCAUCCCAGAUGUCUUUGACUUUCUUUCUUCUCCAGAACACAAAUUAAGAUUUUUAGAAGAAUAUUUCAGCUCUGUAGGUCAGUACAAUGCAAGUAAAUGGUGACCAGAACUUUGAAGCUCCAAAAAGCACAUAAAUGCAGCAUAAAAGUACUCCAUAAGACUCCAGUGGUUUAAUCCAUGUCUUCAGAAGUGAUAUGAUAGAUGUGGGAGAGAAACACAUCAAUAUUUAAGUGCUUUUUUACUAUAAAUCUACACUUUCACUUUCACAUUCUUGUUUUGUUUACAUUUAUACAUUUGGCAGAUGCUUUUGUCCAAAGUGACUUACAGUGCACUUAUUACAGGGACAAUCCCCCCGGAGCAACCUGGAGUUAAGUGCCUUACUCAAGGACACAAUGGUGGUGACUGUGGGGAUCAAACCAGCAACCUUCUGAGUACCAAUGUAUUAUACAGAGCACUUAUUACAGGGACAAUCCCCCCGGAGCAACCUGGAGUUAAGUGUCUUACUCAAGGACACAAUGGUGGUGACUGUGGGGAUCAAACCAGCAACCUUCUGAGUACCAAUGUAUUAUACAGAGCACUUAUUACAGGGACAAUCCCCCCGGAGCAACCUGGAGUUAAGUGUCUUACUCAAGGACACAAUGGUGGUGACUGUGGGGAUCAAACCAGCAACCUUCUGAGUACCAAUGUAUUAUACAGAGCACUUAUUACAGGGACAAUCCCCCCGGAACAACCUGGAGUUAAGUGUCUUACUCAAGGACACAAUGGUGGUGAC